GUACUAUUUAUUUUUAGUAAAAGUAAAGAAGUAUACCAUAAGGAGACAAUUAGUAUUGCUGGUGUUGCAUCGCCGUCCUGCCCAAGUCUAGACCUAGGAACUUUGCACCAUUCCCCAAGAGAGGGUUAUCGCCUAUAACGAGGAAUUUUCGUUUACACUUUUGACACUACGAUCGCUGUCGGCCAGCCGGAAGCGAAGAAGCCAUGCAGCGGCGGCCUAGCCAGAAGGCGCUGGUGGUUACAGAGGGCUUCGGCUCCAACACCCAAGGCACCCUGAACGACAUCGCCGUUCGCGAGUUCCAUGACGCGUUGAGUCGCGACGAGGAUGUCGCAUUUGCCGUGGCUGCCAUUAUGGCCUUGACUGCUGUCAUUAAGCGCAGCAGCGCUGCAACCCUAAUGGGAGUUAGCAAGGAGCUGGAGGACGCGGCUCAGGCGCUACAGAGGGUGAACCCCACAAACAUUUCACUUAAAGCCGGCUGCGAGCUGUUCCUGCGCUAUACAACGCGGACGAGUGCGUUGGAGCUCAAGGACAUCGAGACCGCCAAGGCACGGCUGAUUGAGCGCGGGCUACACUUCGCGGAGACCAGCACGCGUGCGCGACAAACGAUUGCGGAGCUGGGGUCCCGCUUCCUCCGCAGCAACUGCACGGUGCUCACACACGGCUACUCUCGAGUGGUGCUGCGGCUGCUGCAGCAAGCCUUUUCAAGUGGCCUGCAGUUCAGUGUGAUCGUGACGGAGGGACGGCCCGACGGCACCGGCAUCACCAUGGCCAAGAAGCUGGACGCGGAGAACAUCCCCGUCACUCUGGUGCUGGACAGCUGCGUGGCUUACAUCAUGGACAGGGUUGACAUGGUGCUAUCGGGCGCGGAUGCGGUGGUGGAGAACGGCGGCAUCAUCAACAAGCUCGGCACGUACGGCAUUGCGCUAGCAGCCCAGGCCGCCUCCAAGCCCUUCUACGUGGCUGCGGAGUCGUACAAGUUCGCACGGCUGUACCCGCUGGGUCAGGCGGACCUGCCCGAGGAGCGCAAGCCGCUGGACGUGGGGCCCAUGCUGCCGUCUCGCACCAACGUCAUCAACCCCUCGCGUGACUACACGCCGCCCCAAUGCAUCAGCCUGCUCGUCACGGACCUCGGAGUGCUCACACCGGCGGCUGUCAGUGACGAGCUCAUUCAGCUCUACCUGUGAGGCAUGGGAGAGGCGGUUGGGCAGCAUGACGGUUGAACGCAACGGAUUCUCUUUGUUCGUUGCUGCUGGAAGUGACACGGUUGGGUCGCAGCUCGCUAGCAGUCGGUCCGGGGUUUGAAUGCGGCUUGCUUGCUGCACAGUUGAGGAUUAUGCGUGCGGGGGAUUUGGAGGGCUGGAGGAGGAGGUCAGUAGCCGACCUUGUGCGCGUGGUUUUGCGAAGCAGAGCGUGCGCAGGCUGCUGCAGUGUGGUUUGUUAUGUGCAGGGAUGGCUGUGUGCCUGACAUGGUACCGUCAGGUGGUUACCCCAGGCUGUAGCAGCCUGACUGGUACUAGCAGGGUGUUCUUUGCUCGCUGGAGACGUGCUGGAGACGUGCGCCGA